CAUUCCACCACCAGCGUCGUAUCAUCGCACCCAGAAGACCCAUCCCGUCUGAUCCAAUCCUUCACAUCUUAAUCCGCCCUUUACCUAUCCACCGCCAUCGCAUCCAUGGAUUCUCUCAACCAGAACGAGCAGCGUGAGCUCCAAACCCGCAUGGAGAAGAAGCAGAUGAAGGAAUUCAUGAACAUGUACUCCAACCUCGUCCAGCAAUGCUUCGACAACUGCGUCAACGGCUUCGAGAGCAAAUCCCUGACCUCGCGCGAGGAGGGCUGCGUCAUGCGAUGCGUCGACAAGCACAUGAAGGCCUCUCAGCGAUUGGGCGACCGCUUCCAGGAACAGAACGCUGCCAUGGCCCAGUCCGGUGGAAUGCCUGGCCGAUAAAUUCAAUCAACCGGAUCAUAUUCACACAUACAAAGACACAACCACACCGCACACCACGGAAUGACUUGGAUUGAUAGUAAAAAAGACAAAAUAACGAAAUGGUUCAUUACUGCAUGUACCGGUGACGACCGGAAUGACCUUGUAUUAUUGGCGCCGACCUGUUGAUUAUCAGAUGGGGGACGGCGUGGACGUUCCGCCAUGGGCAAUUUUGGGAAAUAUUUCCAUUGUAUCAGUAACUAGGGUUAUCGCUUACGCUCGAAUGAACAGGAGCGCGCAAAUGCAUCAUCGAUUCCUCUCUCUACAGAUUUCGGUUGUUUUGGCUUGUUUUCGUCCUCACUGUUCAUUAUUGCUUCGGCUAGUUGGUUCAGACACCACUACCUAUCAGUGAAAACCAGAUAUGAAACGGUGUCACGGCUGUCCUACCUCGUAGAAUUGAACACAUCCACAUGGUAUAUGACGGUCCGGCAACGAGACAAAAGCUUAGGACGGUUGGCU